AUGAUUAUCCCAUUGAAUGUGAGUGAUAACAGCAAACCCGGCGAUGAUUUGUUGUCCUCCUGCAAAUUCGCUGGUGACUGCCAGGCGUUUCUUCGAGAAGACGGCAGUAUUCAUUGUACAGAUAUGAAACUGAGUGAUAUAUCCUUUGAAUUUCCCCGUUACUGCUACGAUCUUAAUAUGCGUGACUAUCGAUACGUGUAUGGUUCUUGUCUUACUCACGACGACAACGAAAAACAUGGAGUAGUCAAAGUCGAUGUUAAAGAUGGAACCUCCAAAGUGUGGUACAAAGACGCCGAGGACCACUUAUGUGCUGAGCCCAUUCUAGUGAACAAGCCUGGUUAUUCGAAAGAAGAUGAAGGAGUGUUGAUUGUGCCGGUCGUCACGUGUCGGGAAGGUGACAGGCCAUAUGUGGUCGUGCUAGAUGCUGAAACUAUGGAGGAGCAGGCUCGCUAUGUGGUUCCACAAUCACGGAUUCCACUAGGCUUCCAUGCGCAUUACACACAACGGUCGAACUGA